AAGAUGGCAGCGCUGGCGGAGCCUCUAGGGCUGGAGAGAGAUGUGGCUCGAGCGGUCGAAUUGCUGGAGCGGCUGCAACGCAGUGGGGAGGUGCCCCCCCAGAAAUUGCAAGCCCUUCAGAGGGUACUCCAGAGCAAAUUCUGCUGUGCCAUACGGGAGGUUUAUGAGCAGCUGUAUGACACUUUGGAUAUCUCGGGAAGUGCUGAGAUCCGAGCACAUGCUACUGCUAAGGCAACAGUGGCGGCCUUUGCAGCCAGUGAGGGCCACGCGCAUCCCCGGGUGGUGGAGCUGCCAAAGACAGAUGAGGGCCUAGGCUUUAACAUCAUGGGGGGCAAGGAGCAGAACUCUCCCAUCUAUAUUUCUCGCAUCAUCCCAGGGGGUGUUGCUGAUCGCCAUGGCGGGCUGAAGCGUGGAGAUCAACUGCUGUCUGUCAAUGGUGUGAGUGUGGAGGGUGAGCAGCAUGAACGGGCAGUAGAACUUCUGAAAGCAGCACAAGGCACAGUGAAACUGGUUGUGCGCUACACACCCAAAGUACUUGAAGAGAUGGAGGCGCGCUUUGAGAAGAUGAGGACAGCACGGCGCCGGCAGCAGCACAACAGUUACUCAUCCUUGGAGUCCCGGGGAUAAAUUUGCACAAGAGUUAAUUGGGCAGCUGAUGAGCCUGAUCCAUCCUCCCUAUCCUUUGGAAUGGUUUUAUCUGUAUAGCGGAGACAUAUUUAUCUAGUCCCCUUCCCUGAGUUGGGAGCUGGGCUUCAGUGUACAGUAUUUAUUCUUUACAUUCCUCUUAUUUAAAAAGAUGUUCAGUGUAAACAAUUCUAUAUGUUUGUGCAAGGCCUUAUCCUUUGUAAAGCUGGAGACAAUAGUUACAAAACUACCAAGAGAAUCAUCCAAGCCUCUGAUAUAUAGAACUAUGAAAGAAAAAUAUGCCAUGAGAAAACCUUAGAGGUGCUUUUACCACUGUAGGCAAAAAAAACCCUCCGCUUAUCCAAUUCCCAACACCAUUUGCUGCACUCUAUAGGAAAGGUUUUGGUGUUAAAUAAACAGCCCUAUUGAGACGUAAUUCUAGAUAAAACAUUAGACGUAUUAUGUAUUCAUAACAUUGUAGGUGUCUACAUUGUUCUUUCAGUCUUGCUUCCAUGAACAGUUAUUGUGAGGCAAAAAUAACAAAUGUUAUAUGUUUAUAGGGAGAGGCUGACAGUAACAAUAGCAACAACUUGG